AUGUCAAAAAAUCUUCGAAUCGGCGUCGAGAGUGUCGACGUGGAAAUCGACGAUGAUUCGGGAAUACUGUGGACAUCGCUGCAAACCGCGUUUCCAGGUGAGACCCAAUAAAAGGGGUACUGUAGGUUUUUUGGCGCGAAAAUAUUUCUACAGUACGCUUGAAUCUACAGUAGUAAAUUUACAUUUUUUGGACAAGAAAAAAUUAAUACAAAAUUAAAUUUUCAUCUACAGUAAUCCUAGACUUUAUGAUAAACACAGUAGGGAAUUUUAGGAUUACUGUAGGUUUUGGGGCGAAAAAUUUGAGAUACAGUAACCCAGUCUUAAAAACGCUCGCAGUAAACUUUACCUACAGUAGUAUUCAGCUCAGAAAAAAUUUAGGCUUCGGAUUACUGUAGUUUUUUUAAAUUAAAACUCUUGAACUACAGUAAUCCCAGGUUUUUUUGAGUGCUAGACAGAUCCACUGUAAAAUUUCCCCAGAUCAAUUUUUCUACAGUAAUCCCAUGAUACAGUAAUGCUUCUAGAAUACAUCUCCCCCUACAGUAACCCUACAGUAAUCUCAUGUUUCAGGCUGUUCCGGAAUGUACUACUAUCAAGAUCGCACUCAACCGAACCCCGUCAAAAAAUCCGUCAAAUUCGAUGGCUCAAAAUUCCGUGCACCUUCGGGUACCACGUGGCAAGAUUUCGAUUUUUAUGUUACGCUAAGUCAGCGAUGUCAUUCGGCUGGAGGUGGAGCACAUCAGAAUGGACAAACAUAUUCAGAAGCCACCAAGCAAUUCGAGAAAAGUGUGCAGGCCGUGCAAAAGAUGAUGGUGGCGAGUGGAAUGAAAAUUGGUGAGUUUUGGGUUUUUUCUGGGCUUUUUCUGGGCUUUUUCAGGCUUUUUCAGGUUUUCUAGGCUUUACAGGCUUUCCAAAAAAAACUCAAAUUAAAUUUUUUCCCGCCAAAAAUCCACGUGGCAAUUUUUUCGAAAUUAGCUGCGUAUCUGAAGUUUUGGCUGAGUAUCCAAUGUGUUUUGAUCCUUAAGAACCGCCCAUUUUCAGUGAUGUAAACGCGGAGCAUCGUUGUUGCAUAAAACUACAAGACUCCGCAUUGACACCCCCGUUUUUCACUGUGUAAACGCGGAGUAUCGUUUAAAUUUUGCAAAAAAAAAACAUAAAUGAGUGGGCUUUUUGCCACGUGGAUUUUCAAUUUUUUUGCAAAAUUAGCUGCGUAUCUGAAGUUUUGGCUGAGUAUCUAACGUGUUUGGGUCCUUUAGAACCGCCCAUUUUGGAUGGUGUAAAUGCGGAGCAUCGUUUGAAUUUUCUGCAGACCUCUCCCAUCUCCAACUCAAAAAACCACGUCGCCAAAUCGCAUCCACCAACUCAUCCACAUCAUCCGAAGAAUCCACCAACACCCUUCAAAACAUCCAAACGCGCCUCGAAAACAAGGCCGACGACUUAACGCAACUCGAGCAACAUUUUCUGGAUUUGGCGCGCAUUUCCACGGCCAAAGAUGAGAUUAUUCAAGCGAAUCGCGCGAAAAUCGCCGAAAUUUCGCGCGAUUCGCAGGGAAUUGCGGAGCGAUUGCGCGAAUUCGAGGCGAAAUGUGCGGCACAAGAGGAGGAGCUGGCGAUUUUGCGCGGUUUGGGUGGCGAAUUCGGGGCGACCAAGGAGGAUUUGGCGGAAUUGGUGAAGCAGAGAGCGGAGCUGGAGACGGCUGUGACAGAGUUGCAAUUGAAAUUGAUGCAGACACAAGAGGAGUGGGUUUUUUUUUAAAUUUUAAAAUUUACGGAAAGCCACGUGGCAAUUUCUUUGACUAGAAAAAUUUUGAAUUUGUACUUAGCCCAAGUUCAGGUCUCAAAAAUUAGGCUGAAAAUUUUUCGGAAUUUGAAAAUUCACGAAAAAUUCCACGUGGCAAUUUUUUUUGACUAGGAAAAUUUUGAAUCCAUAAAAAUUGGUUUUUUUUUGUCUACAGUAAUCCCGAGAUACAGUAAUGCUUCUAGAACUCAUCUACAGUACCCCCUGGAAGCUUUUUGAGAACUAUGUAUGUACAGUAAUCGAAAUCUCUACAGUAACCCAGAACAAUUUUGAAUAUAAAAAUAUUCAACUACAGUAAUCCACAGUAUAAAUAAAUAAAUUCCACAAUUAAAGCUACAGUAACCCUGAAAAUUCACCUACAGUAACCCUACAGUAAUCCAAGGCUCAUGUUUUCCGGAAUGUACUAAAAAAAAUUUUUGAAAAUUAAAAAAAAGCCACGUGACAUUUUUUUUUUGAAAUCUAAAAAUUUAGAAUCCAAAAAAAUGGUCAAAAAUAUUUUCCACGUGGCAAAUUCAAAUAUAAUCUAGAAUUUUUUUCGGAAUUUGAAAAUUGAAAAAAAAUUUCACGUGGCAUUUUUGACUAGAAAAAUUUUGAAUUUGAACUGAGCCAAAGUUUAGAUAUCAAAAACUAUGAAACAAAUUUUUGAACAAUUUUUUUGAAUCUGAAAAUUCACAAAAAUUCGAAUUCCACGUGGCAAUUUUUUUGAAAUCUAAAAAUUUCAAAUCCAAAAAAAAUUGGGAAAAAAUAUUUUCCACGUGGCAAAUUCAAAUCUAAGCUUAUGUUAGCCUAAGUUCAGAUUUCAAAAAAAAUAAAAUUCCAGAAACGAAUCAAACCGCGGUCGGCUCGAAACCAGUCAAAAUCGCAUCAAAGAGCUCGCCGAUCAACUCGAACUUCUCCAAACCUCAAAAUCGCUUCUCAAUCACGAGUUAUCGCAACUUCGACCAUUCGCCGAAGCCGCCGCAAUUGAAGAUUUCUCGGAAAUUCCGAAAUUCAUCGCGACGCUGGAUGAGAAUCGAAAAUUGCGCGAGGAAUUGGCGAAAAAGCGGGAGGAAUCUGAGAUGACACGUGGCGCUUUUGAUGAGUUGAACAAUGUGCAAACACCGAUUUUUGAGGAGAAUUUGAAGUUGAGGAAAAGGUGAGGCGAAAAAUCCAUGUGGUAUUUUUCUAGGCUUUUAGGCUUAUGCUUUGAAAACCUGAUUUUUUGACACCAAACAAGCCUAGGCUCAAAAUUGGCUGCGUAUCUCCAGUUCUGCCUGAGUAUUUAAUGUGUUUCCGCCCUUGAAACCGCCCAUUUUUUCAAGUGUAAACGCGGAGCAUCGUUUAAAUUGUUUUCGAAAAAAAAAUGAAAAUCAAGGUUUUGUUCCAAAAUUUUGAAUUCCAAAAUUUCACGCCAGAAAUUUAAUUGCAAUUUUUUUCAAAUCAGCUGCGUAUCUGAAGUUUUGCCUGAGUAUUUAAUGUUUUUCGUUCCCUAAAAACCGCAUUUUUGAAUGGUGUAAAUGCGGAGCAUCGUUUGAUUUUUUUUUUGAAACAUUUUAAAAUCAAGCAAAAUUUUUGAAUUUCAAAAUUUCACGUCAAAAAAAUUUCAGAAAUUUCGUUUCAAUUUUUUUAAUUAGCUGCGUAUCUGAAGUUUUGGCUGAGUAUCUAAUGUGUUUUGGUCCUUAUUUUUGAUGGUGUACAUGCGGAGCAUCGUUUGAAGUUUGAAAUGUCGAAAAAAAAUUCAAAUUAAAUUUUUUCACGCCGAAAAUCCACGUGGCAAUUUUUUUAAAUUAGUCGCGUAUCUGAAGUUUUGGCUGAGUAUCUAAUGUGUUUCGGUCCUGAAGAACCGCUUUUUUUAUGGUGUAAAUGCGGAGCAUCAUUUGAAUUGUUUUCGAAAUAAAAUUCGUAAUCCAUAAAACCGCCCGUUUCUCACCGUGUAAACGCGGAGCAUCGUUGAAAUUCCAGAAACGACGAUUUAUCACGACGUUUCGAACACGUCGACGAGGAAAUCAAAUGUUUAAACGAAAAUUGGGCCAAAGAAAUGCGAGAAAAAACCAAUGACUGGAUGAUGCUGGUAAGCUCGAAAAAACUGGGGAUUUUCAGCGGAAAAUCUGUAAUUUUUGCAGCGCACCGAACUCGAAAACGAAAUUCUCCAACAACGCGAACAAAUUCAACACCUCCAACAUUUUCUCGAAGCCGCCACGCGAGAAGCGGCUGAAAAUGCGCGAAGGUUAGAUCCGAUUUCUGAAUAUUCGAUAGAUUUUUGAAUUUCGCGCCAAAAUGUACCGUAUUUUCUCAGAAACGUCAUCAAUAAUUCAUGGAAUUGGUAAAAAAAAAACCAAACCUUUUAAUAGUUUUCCCCGCAAAAAUGCCUGAAAAUUCAAAUUUCUCUCCAAAUUUUCCCCAUUUUUCUCUCAAAAAAACAAUAAAGUUUUUUGUUUUGAAUUAAAAUUUCCACACUGAUUUGCAGAAUUUCGGAAAUCGAGACGGCGAGCGCCAAAAAAACCGCGACGCAACAUGCGUCGCGCGUCGAGGUGAGCAAGAUUUUCAGUUCUCUUCGCUUUUGAGUUACCCUAACUUUUUUUGCAUGUGGUUUUUUGUUUAAUAAAUUAUUUCUACUAAUUAGCUAGCUUUCAAUUAAAAAGAAAUUUUCAGACAGAACUUCGUGAAAAAGUCCGCAAUUUGUCGGAAGAUUUAUCCGAAUCGCAAAGAUGUGUGGCGGAUUUGAAUAUUUUGGUAGCCAAUUUGGCCAGUGAUGCAAAUAUGUCAAGAAGAGAUAUUUCGGAUUUAUUGUAA